CCCUAUGCGCCAUGGCUGCCUUUUGCUGCUCCUCCUUCUCCGCGCAUGCGCACCUCCUCCUUCCCUCUGCUCCAUGGCUGCCUUUUGCUGCUGCAGCCUUUGAUGCCCACCAUGAUCUUCCUUCUUGGUUUGUUCGCCAGCCUCUUCCAGGCGGCUUACACAGGGGUGAAUGAGCGAACCUUCCUUGCCAUCAAGCCUGAUGGCGUCCAGCGGCAUCUGGUGGGUGAGAUUAUCAGGCGGUUUGAGAAAAAGGGCUUCAAGUUGGUGGCCAUGAAACUCAUGCAGGCCUCAGAAGACUUACUGAAAGAGCAUUACAUCUCCCUACGUGAGCUUCCUUUCUAUACACGCCUGGUAAAAUACAUGAGCUCAGGACCUGUUGUGGCCAUGGUUUGGCAGGGGCUGGAAGUAGUGAAGACAGCUCGGACAAUGAUAGGAGAAACUAAUCCAGCCGAUUCAAAGCCUGGAACUAUCCGGGGAGAUUUCUGCAUUGAAGUGGGCAAGAAUGUCAUUCAUGGGAGCGAUUCAGUAGAGAGCGCCCAGCGAGAGAUCUCACUCUGGUUCCACACGGAUGAAUUGACCUGUUGGGAGGACAGCACAGAGCACUGGAUUUAUGAAUAAAAACAAAGCUGGAGUAUUUGAAGAAGUGCCUCUUCCGCUCUCCUUCAGGUGCAGGAGGGCAGAGGGACUGUAUCUGGCAGGAAAAAAAUCCUUUUUAUUUUAGAUAGCAAUUAAUCCCUCCUCCACUUCCAUUACUCUUCACAGCUUAGCACUGUUCAGGUGGACUCUUAUCAUGCCCAGUCAGUUCAAAACAUGUGGAGAGCACAGGGGCUGUUGUAACCUUGUGCUGGGGAAUUUCUGGGCUUCCAAAUGCUUUGGACUAUAACUCCCAUCAUCUUGUCUGUGCUGGCUGGAGCUUUGAAAUCCAAUUGUUUCCCAUCUAUUUAAAUGCAACAUAUAGGAGACAUCGUUCUGUUAGGAAAUCAGUAUUCAGAGGACACAACCAGGAGGAUUCCACUCCUCUUUUCCUCGCCCAUUCUGCAACUAUCUCCCCCACUGAGAAAUGCAAAUAUGAAGCUGCUUGGCCCCAACCAAAGCCGCUGUGCUGUCUUCUAUUACCAACAGUUUCAACUCAGGUCUUACACUGUUUGCAAGCUCUAGAAAAGCUCUAGAACUUAGAAAAAGUUAUUUUUCUGAAGAACAACUCUCAAAAAUCCCCAACAGCUAGGAUAGUUACUAGCCAGGAAAUCUGGAAUCGGCAGUUAAAAAAACAACAUUUUAAUGCUCUGGUGAUCAUGGUAUCUCCUUUGCCAAGUAUGAUCUAUGACUGUAAAUACAUUUCUCUCUCCCCUAAUGUUCUGGUACAUUUCUUUGGAAAAGACAAAUCGGUGUGGCUGGUAACCUUCAGCUCCCUGACAUAAACCCAGAAGGGCAGACAGAUGAAGUAUGUUUGGUCAUUUUACUGUAACAGAAAAAAUUGUAAGAGUGGAGUGCAAAGUAGGUUUUUCACAGGAAUGGAGAACAGUGGUUGCCACUGGGUUAGGAAGCUCGAUGGUUCUUGCUAUGAUGUCAUGGUACCUGUGUUCUUUCUGCAGCUUUCCAGACCCUUGGUCCAACCAGACUAGGUUUAAAUGCAAACUCUUGAAACAUUUUUUACACCUAUAAAUAUGUACAUGGCUACAUCUUACGUAUGGGAUGUUGUGAAAUGAACUUGCAGAAUACAACUGUUUUGAUUUCUAA